CCGCUGCCUGAUAUCCAGAUUGCCCAAUAAUACCGAACGCCAAACGCCGUGGAUACGAGAAGGGUCAUUGUUAUUUUUUCUAAUCGCCUCAAUUUCUGGCUUCGUCGUGAAAACAAAUAGGGCGCAGAAAGUGCGACGCGGUGGGCCCAUUUGUAAUAAACUAUCAACCGGAAACGGAAGGCCAGCCGGGAGGAGCGCGCACAGAACAGAACAGAAAAAAAAAUAAAUAAAAUUCAUUUUGUUUUGUUUGCCAAAAAAAAAACGGUGCAGCCAUUUCCCCUACAACUGUGUGAGUGUUUGUGUGUGUGUGUGUGUGUAUGUGUGUGCGUGAGCAUUUGCGUGUGCGUGCGUGAGUGUGUGAGUUUCUCUCGCUGGCUCUCUGCAUUUCUAUUUCCCAUUUUUUUUUUUUGUGUUGUACCGUUUUCUUCCUCAUCCCCCAAGUGCCGCUUUAAAUUAAAUAAUUGCAUUAUUUUUUGUGUGAAAUCAGGAGGAACUAUUCGUAUAUUGAAAGGCCCAACCAAAGUGAUGGCCGCAAAAUGUUCAAUUCGGCGUUAAAAUAACUGCAAGAAAAACAAAAAUAAGAAAACACUACCGAUACGCGGCGAAGUAAAAAUCAAUAAUUAGAGCUCGUUCCUCGAGCUAAAAAAGCAAAGGCUAAAAAAUAAAAAACAAAUUACAAAAGCCGGUGACAACACCAUCCGAAAUCAACAUGAAUGGCUAUAACCGCAAAGCGCCACAAAAGCGGCGCUAUGAUAUGCCAAAAUAUGCUGUGCCACCUAAAAAGAAAACAACCAAGGAGCGGAUACCACAGCCGAAGAAUACGGUGGCAAUGCUAAAUGAGUUAAGACAUGGACUGAUUUACAAAUUGGAGUCACAGACUGGUCCGGUGCACGCACCUUUAUUUACAAUAUCCGUUGAGGUCGAUGGACAGAAGUACAUGGGCCAAGGUCGCAGUAAAAAAGUAGCUCGCAUCGAAGCUGCUGCCACGGCACUGCGUAGCUUUAUACAAUUUAAGGACGGAGCCGUCUUGUCGCCACUGAAGCCAUCGGGCAACUUGGACUUUACCAGCGACGAGCAUCUCGAAAAUGGUAUUGAAAAUAUGUCCAAUCAGAAAUUGGUCGAUUACAUUCAGACGUUGAUGUUGACUGAAAAAUCCAACCUUACCUCGCUUGAACAACCCACGUUGCGUCUUCAAAUGUUUUGCAUGAGUCAGAAUGUCAGCAAGAGCGCCAUCACGGUCGAUGGCCAGAAGAAAGUACCGGACAAGGGCCCUGUGAUGCUCCUCUACGAACUCUUCAACGACGUCAACUUCGAGUGCAUUAACAUCGAUGGAGCUCAGAACAACUGCCGCUUUAAGAUGACAGUGACGAUCAACGAGAAGAAGUUCGAUGGGACAGGUCCCUCUAAGAAAUUGGCCAAGAAUGCAGCUGCCAAAGCGGCUCUGGCCUCGCUCUGCAACAUCUCGUAUAGCCCGAUGGUGGUGCCACAAAAGAACGUGCCACUGCCCAUCGACGACAAGUCAUCGUCCAUGGAACUGCCCCAGAUCCAUGCGGACACCAUUGGCCGUCUGGUGUUGGAGAAGUUCAUGGAGGUGAUCAAGGGUCAGGAGGCCUAUUCGCGGCGAAAGGUAUUGGCUGGCAUUGUAAUGACUGAAAACAUGAAUUUUUGCGAGGCCAAAGUCAUUUCGGUAUCGACGGGCACCAAGUGCGUAAGCGGCGAACAUAUGAGCGUGAACGGAGCUGUUCUGAACGAUUCCCACGCCGAGAUCGUGUCCAGGCGGUGUCUCCUCAAGUACUUAUAUGCCCAGCUGGAUCUUCAGUGCAAUCAGGCCACAGCAUAUCAGUCGAUUUUCGUGAGGAAUACUGAUGGGCAAUACCCUUAUAAACUAAAAUCCGGGGUACAUUUCCAUUUGUAUAUAAAUACAGCACCUUGUGGGGAUGCACGGAUAUUUAGUCCUCACGAAAACGACACAGGUGUUGAUAAACAUCCAAAUAGAAAAGCCCGUGGACAGUUGCGCACGAAAAUCGAGUCCGGGGAAGGAACAAUACCAGUUAAAAGCAGCGAUGGCAUACAAACGUGGGAUGGCGUUUUGCAGGGCCAACGCCUGCUCACAAUGUCGUGCUCGGAUAAAAUCGCACGCUGGAACAUUGUGGGUAUACAGGGUUCCUUACUGUCUUCCAUAAUUGAACCAGUGUACCUGCAUUCUAUUGUCCUGGGCAGUCUUUUGCACCCAGAGCACAUGUACCGGGCUGUAUGCGGUAGGAUCGAGAAGUCCAUCCAAGGCCUGCCGCCGCCCUAUCAUUUGAAUAAGCCCCGUCUGGCAUUGGUGACAUCGGCCGAGCCGCGUAACCAGGCCAAGGCGCCUAAUUUUGGCAUUAACUGGACCAUCGGUGAUACGGAACUGGAGGUGGUUAACUCCUUGACUGGCCGGACCAUUGGUGGUCAGGUGUCGCGUAUCACCAAGCAGGCGUUUUUCGUUAAAUACGGAUUCUUGAUGAAGAAUCUGCCGGGUAUAUUGGUGCGCAAAGUGACCACAGACUAUGGUCAAACGAAGGCUAAUGUCAAAGACUAUCAGACCGCUAAAUUAGAACUGUUUUCCGCGUUUAAACGAGAAGAUCUGGGCAGCUGGCUGAAGAAACCGAUCGAACAAGACGAGUUCGGACUCAACGAAUGACUGCAUUCAACUGCUCUACCUAUGGGAAAUGAAAUGUUUAAAAAAGACAAAUGCAACAACAAGCAAUUAAUAGAGUUAGAAGCAAUAGCUUAUAGUAACAAAUCGUAUGUAGAAUGCAAAAUAAGUUUGGUGCAAAAAAAUCAUCAAAAUCAACAAAUUGAACAAAACCAACUGGAUAAAACAAGACAAAAUGAACAAAAUAAGCAAAAACAGCGAAACUUGUGUCCCAAAAAUCUCAAUGGCAAGCACAAUGAUGCUAUUGCUCGAAUAAUGGAAAACGGCUCUAGAAUAUUUAUAGAAUAGAAUGUAGUUUUUAUGCUGGAACUGAGUAAAGGAGUAUUAUGGCGUUUUUUUGAAAUCAAUUAAAUUACCUUAAUAUAUAUAUUUUAUGUGUUUUUUUUUUUUUUAAUAUUAUUUUUUUGUUGAAUAUUUUGUAUGAAUAAAAUUGGCAUAAACCGA